AAAAGAUGUGCAUAGAAAAUGGGCUAACCAGAAAUCGCAAACAAAUCCCAUAGCCACACUUAAGGCAUAAAUCUAAACCCAAUCAAAGAGACAGGAAGAACUAACAGGGGAAAAGUAAGUGGGGAAUGUAAGGCAUACGCAGACAGAGACAAAUGAUGUGAGUGGCUGCCUCCAGAUUCAGUCUACGUUACCAAUCCAAUCAUCCUCAUCACCAGCAUCUUCGUGUGCAUGUUGAUUUAACUGGGAAGGGGGAAGAGCAUAAAGUGAAAUGAAGCAGUAGGCAGUAGGCCUGAGCUUUGUAAACAUGGUCACACACACGCACACCUAAGGAAGGAGGAGGAUUCUACUACAUCAACAGUUCGACAGUUUUUGCAAAACAUUCAAGGACAAAAAAAAAACGAAGGGAAUUUCAAUCGAAAAGUGUGGCAAGGAAGGCGACAAGUAAAAUAAUAAUGGAUGCUAUCAUCAUGGCCAGUUGCCACCAUAAUUUCUGGAAUAUAUUGACAAUUUUGUGCAGUCUAAAUAAUGGCCCAGACAAUGUCGUCGUUUCCUAUAUUAGUCACGGCUGAGCUGUGCCGGGGUUUGUUAGCCAACUCGAUCGUAUUAAGUCAAAAUGAGGCCACCAAUGCCUUUACCUAUACAAACGGCGGGAUUACCACCGAAUGAUGUGUCUGGUGUGUUUCAGACACAGAUUCCUUUGAAUCAUCAUCAGGUGCAUGUUCACACAGCAACAACACCAACAGCAGGUGAAACAACAACCUCGACGGAACACAACAUCAACAACAAUAACAACAACUCGAAAAUACCGCCAUUGGAACUUUUAGUUGAACAUAAAUUAAGCUACAGCUCAGCAAUUGGGACAGCAACAGUGUCAAAUGAUCUGAAGCAGACUCUCAACGGCAGCAAGUCUUUAAAUUUUCACGAGGAUCACAAACAACAUCAUCAUCCAUUGGGUCGAGGUGCUACUCAUGCUACUCAGGCGGGAAUAUUUGAAGAAGCAGCCGAGAAUUUUAUUAUUAAUUAUCCAUCCGAAUCGCAGCAGCAGCAGCUGCCUCUGUCAGAAACUGUGCCACUUCUAACCCAUAUUGAGGCCACGGUUGUGGAUAAGCAACGUUCCAUAUUACUGAAUAAGAAUAGUGCCUCGCUGAUAUUUACGAAAAAAGAACUUGGUCAGCAGCAGCAACAACAACGCCAACAUCAUAGUAGCUUAUACGGACGCAAACAGCAGACAAAGCAUUUGCCCUCGACGCGAGGACAACAGCAUAGACGAAGUCUUCAAUUAAAUUAUAAUAACAAUCUGGUGCACUCGUCCUCGGUGGGGCAGGGAGGAGCAGGAGGCAAACUAGUGCCACAUAAGCAGCAGCAACGUCAACAUCACGGCCUUGGUUUGAACUCGCCCACGGUUCAGGCGGCGGCACUUGGUGCUGGCGGCGUUGGAGGUAGCGGAGGAGGGAGCAGUUCCUCCGGCCGCAAGCAGCUAUCAUACUCCUGGUACGCACCAGUCUAUAGUGCGCUCGAGGAGGAACUAGAACAGGAGUCGAGGGAUUCCUCGCCAAUACACAAUCUGGCCAACACAAAGCAGCAGCAACGCUCCGUCAGCCAAAAGGCCGCCGUUGCCUCUGCCUCUACGGGUCUAAAUGUCGCAGCUUCGUCGCUGCAUCAUCAAGACGAGACAGUUGCCCUGUUGGACAUACAGAGUCAACAGCAACAGCGUCAGAAGAUUAUCAAUGGAGGCGAUGCUGGAGGCAACGGAGGAGCAGGAGCAACAACGACACCAACUGCAGGAAACCAGGACUUGGAGAGCUCAUUGGGUCUCUCAGGCGGUGGACAAUUGCCACGUCGCAGACGCUUUGAAAACUUUCUCAAGUCUUUGGUCGGACUCAAGGCCAGCCAAGGCAGUGGAGGAGGAGCCAACAAUGGAGCCGCCGGCAAUAGUUCAAUCACCCGAAUGCCAAGUGAUAGGGAUCGUGCAGCUGAACGACCAGCCUCACCAGAGAUACGCAUUACGCGUACUCCAUCCGAACAGGAUAUGGUGGUGCUUAGAGACCCAUCCGGGCGACAACAGCAGCAGCAGCUAGCCAACCACGGUAUAAGUGGUUCUACUAGUUCCCUAAAUGUGGUGCAACAGAAGUUAUGGCAUAUGAUGCGACGUGAGAAUAGUUCGAGCAGUUUACAAAAUCAAGAGAAAUCCCAAUCCAUUGUGCAAUAUAAAGGUCUAAGGAAAUGUGAAACUGUUUUGGCUCUAACACGUCAAAGCCAGAGUCUGGCGCCAGGAGGAACUAAUUCCCUAAUUGUUGGCAGUGGAAUCUUCAGUCCAAGUGGCAUAGAGCAAAUACGUCCGUUGAAUCGUUUGAGAAAUAGUGUAAAUAGUAUAACCGGCGGUGCCGGCGGAACAUGUUCACGCUGCUCGAGUCUGUUGUCGUUGGCUGCCUCUGGAUCUCGUUAUUCUUUGGUCAAUGGCUUUGUGCCUAGGCCAGAGUCAGCUCAGUCAUUCAAUCAACCCAGAGUAAGCAUUAACAAUGAGUCUGAGCCGUCGCAUAUCAAUGUGAAUGCGCAAAUUAGACUUAGCGGCAGUUCCGCAGGAGGGAAUAAUCUCCUGGGCUCACAAAGUCCCAGUCCGCCGUCAAAUAUAACCACCGCCACUCUACACUCCAGCUCUAAUAAUAAUCUAACAACUGAGGAAUCCUCUACGCCAAAUGGUGAUGGUGAUGGUGGUGGUGGUGGUGGCGAUGGUGGUGCUAGUGAACUUGGACCAUUUGGGACCCAUCACGCUUAUCCAUUAACUGUCAGCUCUCUUCUGUCCAUGGCCACGGCCAAUCAAGCGGCCCAAGCAUGUUGUGUUCGCGACGGCAUCACUCUGAAGCGACGCGAAAUGCUUGCCUCCGCCGAUGUCACACCCUCGGUGGGUACACCUGCCACACCCACGCCUCAAGUGGGAGAAAAUUUCCAAAUUUUCACCUGUAAACUUUGCCUAAUCGAUGUGGAAAAUGCUGGCGAGUUUACGACGCUCCUGCAAUGCGGCUGCCAAUUCUGUACUGAGUGUAUGCGCGCCUAUGUGGAUUUUGAGAUAACCGAGGGAGCCUAUGAGAUUUCUUGUCCAGAUGCAAAAUGUCCCACCCAGGGGGCUAUAUCGUUGCCCGAAAUUGCCGAUUUAACGACAACGAAUUUGCUUAAGAAACAUCAUCGCUAUCGACUAAAUCGAGAAAUCGAAUUAGACAAAACGCGCACCUGGUGUCCGAGAGCUGGUUGCGAGACCAUCUGCCUGGUGGCGACAACUGAUAAUGGUAAUAUAACACAAAUGGAUGAUGAAUCGCCGUCUACAUCGCAAAGUUAUACGCCCAGUCAAGGAGAUAAUCUCUUGCUUUCCCUAGCAGUGCAUUGCCCCUCCUGUAAGGAUGAGUUUUGUGCUUUGUGCAAAAAGGCGUAUCAUCCCAACAUUAGCUGUGAGGAAUUUGGACGCCGUUUGAUAGCCGAUGGCCAAGAUGAUAUUGGAAUACCAUUUGAUAAUGAAUUGAUCAAAUGCUGUCCCAUGUGUGCUGUGCCCAUUGAGAAAGAUGAGGGCUGUGCCCAAAUGAUGUGCAAAAGGUGCAAGCAUGUAUUCUGCUGGUAUUGCCUAGCCAGCUUGGAUGAUGACUUCCUAUUGCGGCACUAUGACAAGGGCCCCUGCAAGAACAAAUUGGGGCACUCGCGUGCAUCUGUUGUAUGGCAUCGUGCACAGGUGAUUGGCAUAUUUGCUGGAUUUGGAAUACUUCUUUUGGUGGCCUCACCUCUGCUCUUGCUGGCUGCGCCUUGCAUUAUCUGUUGCAAAUGCCGUGGAUGCAGCGGCUCGAAAAUCGAUGAGGUUGAUGCUGAACUAGAGGAGGAAGUGACAGCAUUGCAAGGCUAAAAAUUUUAAAAUCCUGUCGUGUUAUCUAACUGCAUAGUUUUCAAAUAUUGUUAAAUCAGCAAAAAAACAAAAAAAAAAAAAAAAACAAAAACGAAAAAAAAUUAUCAUACGAAAAGGACGAAACGGAUUACAUUUAUAUUUUAGUUUAUUAUUAUCAUUAUUAUUAUUACUAUUAUAAUUGUAUAUGUGUUAACUAAAUUGUGAUAUUUACAGUGAUUCGAUUUCUAAAUUGAAUCGACAAAUUUGUUAAAGGAACCAACUACAUAGAUGAUUAAUUUGGUUUGGUUCCAGAUCUAUUUCUUUAACCUCCCUCCCUAACAAUCUAUAUAUAGAUAUAUGUAUGUUAUAUAUAGUGAGUCUUGCUCUAGUUUUUAAUCAUAGUAUAAAUUUAUUAGUUUUUAGACACUCCCCGGUAUUUCAUUAUAUGCUUUUUUAUAUACA